UAAAAUGCCUUUUUUUUUUCUUAUAGCCAUUAUACCUGCUCAUCAGACUUUGAGAACAGUAUAAUGUCCCUUUGUACCUCUUCUCACAAGGAGUUUUCCCAGCUGUUAUCUAUUCAAGACAUGGAUAUCAAAAACUCACCAUCUAGCCUUAACUCUCCUGCUUCCUACAACUGCAGUCAGUCUGUCUUACCCCUGGAGCAUGGCCCCAUUUAUAUACCUUCCUCCUAUGUAGAGAACCGUCAUGAAUAUUCAACCAUGACAUUCUAUAGCCCUGCUGUGAUGAAUUACAGUAUUCCUAGCAGUGCAAAUAUUUCAGAAGGUGGGCCAGGUCGGCAGACUGCAGGAUCAAAUGUGUUGUGGCCAACUCCUGGACACCUUUCUCCUCUAUCAAUUCAUUGCCAGCCAUCACUUCUGUAUGCAGAGCCUCAAAAGAGUCCAUGGUGUGAAGCAAGAUCACUGGAACAUACCUUACCUAUAAACAGAGAGGCACUGAAAAGGAAGGUCAGUAGGAGCAGUUGCGCCAGCCCUGUUACUAGCCCAAGUACAAAGAAGGAUGCCCACUUCUGUGCAGUCUGCAGUGAUUAUGCAUCAGGAUAUCACUAUGGAGUCUGGUCAUGUGAAGGAUGCAAGGCCUUUUUUAAAAGAAGCAUUCAAGGACAUAAUGACUAUAUUUGUCCAGCAACCAAUCAGUGUACAAUAGAUAAGAACCGGCGCAAAAGCUGCCAGGCCUGCCGACUUCGGAAGUGCUAUGAAGUUGGAAUGGUGAAGUGUGGCUCCCGAAGAGAAAGGUGCGGGUACCGUAUAUUACGAAGGCAGAGGAAUUCUGAUGAGCAGCUGCAUUGCUUGAGCAAAGCCAAGAAGAAUGGUGGGCACGUGACCCGUGUGAAGGAGCUGCUGCUAAAUUCUCUGAGCCCGGAACAGCUGGUGCUCACCCUCCUCGAGGCAGAGCCACCCAACGUACUAGUGAGCCGGCCAAAUACACCCUUCACUGAGGCCUCCAUGAUGAUGUCCCUGACCAAGCUGGCAGACAAGGAACUUGUGCACAUGAUUGGCUGGGCCAAGAAAAUUCCCGGCUUUGUGGAGCUCAGCCUGUACGACCAAGUGCGACUCCUGGAAAGCUGCUGGAUGGAGGUCCUAAUGGUGGGGCUGAUGUGGCGCUCCAUCGACCACCCUGGAAAGCUCAUCUUUGCUCCAGACCUUGUUCUAGACAGGGAUGAAGGGAAAUGUGUAGAAGGCAUUCUGGAAAUCUUUGACAUGCUCCUGGCAACAACUUCAAGGUUUCGUGAGUUGAAACUCCAACACAAGGAGUAUCUCUGUGUCAAGGCCAUGAUCCUCCUCAACUCUAGUAUGUACCCACUAGCUGCAGCCACCCAGGAAGGUGAGAGUAGCCAGAAGCUAACUCAUUUGCUGAAUGCCGUGACGGAUGCUCUGGUCUGGGUGAUUGCUAAGAGUGGCAUCUCCUCUCAGCAGCAGUCUGUUCGCCUGGCUAACCUCCUGAUGCUCCUUUCUCACGUCAGGCAUGCCAGUAACAAGGGCAUGGAACACCUGCUCAGCAUGAAGUGCAAAAAUGUGGUCCCCGUAUACGACUUGCUGCUGGAGAUGCUGAAUGCCCACACACUUCGGGGGUACAAGUCCUCGGUCACGAGGUCUGAGUGCAGCCCGGCAGAGGACAGUAAGAGCAAGGAGGGCUCCCAUAACCCACAGUCUCAAUGAUGCCCAGUUGAGAACAGGCUGCAGAGGAAGUCAGAUGCCGAAGCGUAAACACCAGCACCAAUCGUGAGCCCCAUCUGGAGUGGGCGGGUCUCCGUGUCUUUCUACUGUGUGGUCUCUGCUUUGGUUUUGGCAGGUGCCAUCAUGUACCAUCCUCCCCCGAGUCAGGGUGAGAGAGCCAGUUUUCCUUGUUACCAAGAGGCACAUUUGACUGCAGAGUUUUUGACUUGCUAAGCCUGCAGGCUCUCGGUGUGGUUCUUUCUGCCCUUUUGGAAAGUGUCUUAAAGAUUUUGGAGUGAAGAGUGUAAAUCUGGCUUGGGAGGGUUAUAAAGUAAAAAGGGGAAUGAUUGUGGCACCCUUAUGAGACGUGGGCUAAUGUUUAUCAUGUGACUAUACUGCCCUUUGACCUUUGUGUGCUUUUUUGUACCACUUGACUGUAGGGCUGAGAAACGAUGGCAGUCAGCUAAAUGGUUUCACAUGUGAACAAGCCUGUGUGGACAGAGACCAUGUAGUGCUGUUACUCUGCUGAAGGCUAGAGAGAUGGUGACAUAAUGGGACAGUGGUCUGGCUGGGGUGUGAGCCCUGCUCUCCCCCAAGACCUUCCUGUCAUCUUCAUGCAGAUGCAUUGAUCUCCUGAUCUGCAUUCAGGGCCUGCAGAUUAUGUAAUGUGUGUGUGUGUGUGUGUGUGUGUGUGUGCGCGCGCACACACGUGCGGUAAAUUUCACAGAGAACUGUGGAGAUGUAAAUCUUCCUGCCUCAAAAGAUGCCUGUCUAUUGUUGUUCCCAGGGGUCCGGUAUGUGCAUUAGAAAAAGGUCCAGUGCUUGCAAGAAUGGGGUUCUCUUUUUUGGAACUGUGUGCAGGGCAUGCUGGUCCAUGGCAGGGUGAAUAGCUAUAUACACACCAGUGUGUCAGGUACAGGUACAAACUAUAGAUUUGAUUAGCAAAACACUUUAAUACAAGUUGGUUUGUGAACUCUAGUAAAAAAAUGAUAAAACUAGCAGUAAUUUUGGGGAGUGAGAAGAAACUGUUUUAUAGCCUAAGUUUCACUACUCCCUUCCUUCCUUCCUCUCUCUCCCUUUUCUUUAUUUUUUGUUUUUUUAUUUAUAAAAUGGAAAUAUUGACAAGACCAUAGGAUAAGAGUGGUACAGUUUCACACAAUUCCCACCACCAGAACUCUGUAUCCCAUCCCCUCCCUUGAAAGCUUUCCUAUUUUUUAUCUCUCUGGGAGUAUGAAUCCAGGGUCAUUAUGGGGUGCAGAAGGUAGAAAGUCUGGCUUCUGUAAUUGCUUCCCCACUGAACAUGGGCAUUGACAGGUCAAUCCAUACUCCAGCCUGUCUCUCUCUUUCCCUAGUGGGGCGGGGCCUGGGGAAGCAGGGCUCCUGGUAACAUUGGUGGGGUUGUCUGCCUAGGGAGGUCUGGUUGGCAUCAUGGUUACAUCUGGAACCUGGUAGCUGAAAAAAGAGCUAACACAUAAAGCCAAAUUGUUGAUUAAUCAUGAGUCUAAAGGCUGAAAUAUUGCAGAUGAAGAUUUAGGCUCUCCCUUUUGAAGAUAGCUAGUAGGCUUAUUUUAGUUAUAUUCCAAAGGGCCUAUGACUAUACUAGUUUUUUCUUGAGCCUGACAUCUGGUGUGCAGGUGAGCCCAAGUUGUUGACUGGGGAGAUGAUGUCAUGGCUGAAAAGAGGCCUAGAAAGCUGAAUCAGGGAAGAAAGUAGCUCCCAAAUAUGGGAAAGGUAUAUAAAUAUUGUUGACUGUAAACCCCAUCCAUUUGAUAUGGGGCCCAUAUUCAGCUUAGGAGCCUAUGUGACCUCUGCAUCCUUGUAGGUCUGAGCUCACAUUCUAUGGUCAUGAGUAGGAACAUGCCAAGCUGCCCCUAUUUCAGGACCCAUCUUCCUCAGGUGGUAGAGUAUGUAGGAACC